CUGUGCGUCCGUUUCCGGUGUCCUGAAGAUUCUUGGACUAGGCGUGGUGAGUUGCUCGUGUCGGAAGAAGUAAUCAGCGUCGGGUCAGACCCGGCAGCGAGGGUGGGGGUGACUCCUGGAGGCGCCCUGAGUGAGGAGGCCCGGGGCGCGGACAGGGCGUGUCGCGUUCGGAGCCUCCAGCCUGUGUGCGCGCCAGCGGCUGAGAAGAAUGGUGUGUGACAGACGGCGUGGCAGGGCCGGGGUGUGUCUCCGUGAUGGUAUAUGCAAUUGGGAAUGUGUGACGGGGUGAUGAGGUGCGGGGCCUUGUGGUUUUGCUUUGGCUGUGUGCUCCAAGUUCCCUCUAGACUUUCUUUGGGCCUGCCAAAGUUAAGUGACCGCCAGAGAAGGAGUCCUACACUAAGCCCUAGAGUGAACGGUUCACGCAGGAAUGCAUAGGUCCAGUCUUGGGAUGAGCAUUGUACGUCCGGAAGUGUCCUCAUGACAUGCUCCUAGGAAGACGUGAUGGGGAGGUCCCAGAGAAGUACCCUGAGGAGGAGGAAAGAAUUGUUGCAUAUUUUGAAAUCAAGGUUCAGCUCUGGCUUUUCUGGAUUCUGUGCUUCACCAAUAGAGGAACCCCAUGGAUUAUUAAUUAGUUCUUGCAAUUCUAGAACCAUGACUGAUGGCUUGGUGACUUUCAGGGAUGUGGCCAUCGACUUCUCUCAGGAGGAGUGGGAGUGCCUGGACCCUGCUCAGAGGGACUUGUACGUGGAUGUGAUGUUGGAGAACUAUAGUAACUUGGUCUCAUUGGAUUUGGAGUCAACAUAUGAGACCAAAAAUACAAUUUCAGAAAAAGACAUUUUUGAAAUAAAUUUUUCCCAAUGGGAGAUGAAGGAAAGAAGUAAAACUCUUGGCCUUGAGGCAUCCAUUUUCGAAAAUAAUUCUAAGUGCAAAAGCAAAUUUGAGGGACUACAGGGACAUCCAGAUGGAUACUUUAGUCAAAUGAUAAUUAGGUAUGGAAAAAUGCCAGCUUACAGAAAAAGCAAAUCUUUUAGUGUACAUCAAAGAAUUCAUAAUAGAGAGAAACGCUAUGUUUGUAAGGAAUGCGGGAAGGUUUGUAGUCAUGGCUCAAAACUUGUUCAACAUGAGAGAACUCAUACAGCUGAAAAACAUUUUAAAUGUAAAGAAUGUGGGAAGGACUUUUUUAGUGCCUAUCAACUCACUGUGCAUCGGAGGUUUCAUACUGGUGAGAAACCCUACAGAUGUAAGGAAUGUGGGAAGACCUUUAGUUGGGGAUCUAGUCUUGUUAAACAUGAAAGAAUCCAUACUGGUGAGAAACCCUAUGAAUGUAAAGAAUGUGGGAAGGCCUUCAGUCGUGGCUAUCACCUCACUCAACAUCAGAAAAUUCAUAUUGGUGUGAAAUCUUACAAAUGUAAGGAAUGUGGGAAGGCCUUUUUCUGGGGCUCAAGCCUUGCUAAACAUGAGAUAAUUCAUACAGGUGAGAAACCUUAUAAAUGUAAAGAAUGUGGGAAGGCCUUCAGUCGUGGCUAUCAACUUACUCAACAUCAAAAAAUCCAUACUGGUAAGAAGCCUUAUGAAUGUAAAGUUUGUGGAAAGGCUUUUUGUUGGGGCUAUCAACUUACUCGACAUCAGAUAUUUCAUACUGGCAAGAAACCCUAUGAAUGUAAGGAAUGUGGGAAGACUUUCAAUUGUGGCUCAAGUCUUGUUCAACAUGAGAGAAUCCAUACUGGUGAGAAACCCUAUGAAUGUAAAGAAUGUGGGAAGGCCUUCAGUCGUGGCUAUCACCUCACUCAACAUCAGAAAAUCCAUACUGGUGAGAAACCUUUUGAAUGUAAGGAAUGUGGGAAGGCCUUUAGUUGGGGUUCAAGCCUUGUUAAACAUGAGAGAGUCCAUACUGGUGAGAAAUCCUAUGAAUGUAAGGAAUGUGGGAAGGCCUUUGGUAGUGGCUAUCAACUUACUCGACAUCAGAUAUUUCAUACUGGCGAGAAACCCUAUGAAUGUAAGGAAUGUGGGAAGGCUUUUAAUUGUGGCUCAAGCCUUGUUCAACAUGAGAGAAUCCAUACUGGCGAGAAACCUUAUGAAUGUAAAGAAUGUGGGAAGGCCUUCAGUCGUGGCUAUCACCUCACUCAACAUCAGAAAAUCCAUACUGGUGAGAAACCUUUUGAAUGUAAGGAAUGUGGGAAGGCCUUUAGUUGGGGUUCAAGCCUUGUUAAACAUGAGAGAGUCCAUACUGGUGAGAAAUCCUAUGAAUGUAAGGAAUGUGGGAAGGCCUUUGGUAGUGGCUAUCAACUUACUCGACAUCAGAUAUUUCAUACUGGCGAGAAACCCUAUGAAUGUAAGGAAUGUGGGAAGGCUUUUAAUUGUGGCUCAAGCCUUGUUCAACAUGAGAGAAUCCAUACUGGCGAGAAACCUUAUGAAUGUAAAGAAUGUGGGAAGGCCUUCAGUCGUGGCUAUCACCUCACCAACAUGAAAAUCCAUACUGGUGAGAAACCUUUUGAAUGUAAGGAAUGUGGGAAGGCCUUUAGUUGGGGUUCAAGCCUUGUUAAACAUGAGAGAAUCCAUACCAGUGGGAAAUCCUAUGAAUGUAAGGAAUGUGGGAAGGCCUUUGGUAGUGGCUGUCAGCUUAGUGUUCAUCAGAGAUUUCAUACUGGUGAGAACCCUUACCAAUGUACGGAAUUUGGAAAGACCUUUGUUCAUGGCUCACACCUUGUUCAACAUGAGAGAACUCUUAGUAAUGAUAAACCUUAUGAAUAUAAAGGAUGUGGGGAAGCCUUUAUAUGGACAGCUUAUUCAAAUGAGACAAUUGAUACGGGUGAAACUUUAUGAUUGAAGAGAUGAAAAAAAUUUUUUUAUGUGUAUAAACAGCUUAACAUGAUGAAUCUUAAUCUUGAGAAAGCUUAUGAAUGUAGGGAAUGUGCAAAAGCCUUACCUGUGUGUGGAUAAUUUACCUGAUAUCAGAAAAUUCAUACUAGUGAGAAAUACUUUGAAUAUAAGGAAUAUGAAAAGGCCUUCAGAAUUUUAUACAGUCUUACUGAAUAUCAGUUUAUACUGAUGUGAAAUUUAAAUGUAAGGAAUGUGUGAAGAACUUUAUUCAUGGCACAAAAGUCUGGUAAGCGUUGGGGAAUUUGUAGUCAUUAGAAACACUCUAAGAAAUACAGGAAGAACCAAAACCUAAUUCAGUUUCUGCUGUACACAUUAGAGAACUCCUACUGCUGUGAAAUUUUAUGAAUGUAAGGAAUUUGGGACGGCUUAGAGAUGUGAUAAAUAUCUUAGGGUACAUCAUAGAAUGCAUCCAAAUGAGAAACCCUUUAAAUUGGGAUGUAGGAAGGCCUUUAGACAAGUGCUAUUAAAAUUGUUGUCUAGAUACUAGUGCCAGUCCACAAAAUUGUUACCUGUCCAUCAUGAGAUGAAUGUGGAAAAUAAGAAUUAAUGUUUGGAAACUUACAGCAACUUCAUAUUGCCAUAACAUUAUCAUUGUAUUUUAUAAAAGUAUCAGCUCAUGAAUGAUUAGAAGUUAAAAAGUUUGCCCUUUCCCAGAAAUAAUUUGAGAGACAACAUUCAGUUUUAAAAACUUGAGACCAGUCACAAUAUAACUUAAUUAGAAUAAAAAAUGCUUCACUUGUCACCUGAUUAGAAUAGCAGAAUAUUCAUACUAUAGGAAGAUUUGGCUAAUGUGUGAGUCACAACUUCCUUGUGCCUAUAAAAGCAUAAUUUAUAACAAAUGUGUUCAUUUAAUGAAGGUAUAGAAGCCUUCCAAAACUAUUCAACCUUUGUUAAACUUCAGUGAAUUCAUCCUAGAGAAUAAUGUUAUCAAGGUAACAAAUACAGGAAAUCUCUCACACAUGGCACAAACCAUACUUACUGUCCUCACCAUUCCACUGCCUUACUACAUAUGGGAUGUUGAGGGAAAUGCUUAUCUCCUCUGGGCAUCAUCGUUUAAAUGUUGGUGAUGGUGCCUAUCUAAUAGUCCUAUUUCAGAGAAUGCAUGGAUUCAUUAUGCAUCAGAUCCUUGGAAGGGUAUCUUGUAUGUAGCCUAUGCUCAAUACAUGUUUGCUAUUGUUCUUAUUCUCAUCAUUAGUGUUUACUGGUGAAUUCUUAUGGAAAGAAUGCUCAUUGGUGUAAUGAAUUUAGAAAAGCUUCCAUAACCUCUCCAUUUGAAUUUCAGUAGUUCAUUAUGGAUAAAAUCUAGAAAAACACAAAAAAAACCUUGAGAGGACUUUUAUUCAGAGUUUAUCCCUUAAGCCGCAUAAAAAAUGAAGGCUGAAAACAACUGUGGAUUUAAUAAGUGUUAAGCUGUUAGGAAUAUACCUGCCGAAGAACAGGGAGAGGUGUGAAGCAAUUUGCCUGUAAUGAAUUCAAACAGAGAAGUAGCCAGUGAUUAAAAUUCUCUGCUCAUGUAGAAAUAAAUUGCCAAGUUAAAAAGAAACAAAAAAUUGUCCAUUUGGGAAUUCUUCCCCCAAAUUUUAUUAUGACAAAUUUCAGAUACUCAGAAAAAUUUAAAGUACUGUAUAGUAAACAUCCAUAUACUCUAUUUAGAAUCAAUAAUUAACAUUUGAUCAUAUUUGCCUUCUCUCUGAAAUUAUAGGUAUGUAUGUGUACAUAUACUCACUUACCAUUAUCUUAUGACGUAGAAGUGGUACUUCAUUCCUGAAUAUAUUAGCAUGCAUCUUUGCAGAAUAAGAACAACCUUUAAUACCAUGGUCACACAAGAAAAUUAUCAAUACUGUAAUAUUCUUUUACACUCACUUCAUAUGUCCCAGGACUCCCAAGGUAUCCUGUUGCUAUUUAUUUUCUAACCCACAUCUUUUCUAUAUUCAUGCAUUGCAUUUGGUUAUCAUAUCUCUAGAUUUUAAUCUUGAAAAGACUUUUUGAAAUGUUAAGGAAAGCUGUUUUAUAGAAUGCCAUGCAUUCUAGAUUUGUUUCUUCCCUCAUGGUGAGAUUUAAUUUGUGCCUCUAUCCUUUGUAUCUCUCAUAAAGUCAAGUUAGAGCCAGAGACUUAAACAUUUUUGGUCGGAAUACACCAUAUUUGGUGGUAUAUACUUCAUGUUGCAAUACACCAGAAACACAUAAUACCCAUUUUUCUCACUAUUGCCAAUGCUGAGUUUGGUCAUUUGAUUAAGAUGGUGACCCCGAGAACUCUCCAGUAUAAAGGUCCAUUAUACAGCUAGUAAGAUUGGUGAACUACUUUUGAAAAGGUAGCUCUAUCAUAUGUAUAUAUAAGUUCUGAAUUAAAGAGAUAAUUGAAACAAUUGCAGAUUGUUCAAAAAGGAAUGAUAGUUAAAUUGUGUAUCAAGAAGUUGUAGAAUGUGCCUGAGGCUCUAUUCAGUGGAAAAUACCUUUUAUAAGUGUCCUGGAGGAAACCAAGAUGCAUCUGGCCAGAUGGAGGACCAGGACUAUGCCUUGUUCUCCCCCGUAUCUACACGGUCCCCGUCACACUGAUUUAAGAAGCUAGAAAAAGAACAAACCGUAAGCCAAUAUACAGAAGCAUUUUAUACAACGAAAAUUGUCCCAGAACUUCUGAAAUUAUGCCUCAAGAAUUACCAGAACUGAAUAGUACUUGAGAAAGUGGGAUUCUCUGGUUAGUGAAGCCUAUGAAGCGGAACCUACUAAAUCCCCUCUUCAGGAAGAAUCAGAAGCACCCUGUCAGCUUAGGCAACAAGAAUAUUCUGGUGAAUGAAAUUGUUUGACCUCAUUUAAACUUGUAAUCUCCAACUUUACCAUGGAAAUACUGAUUCCCAUUACCUAUUUCCAUCUUAGGGUUAUGAAACUGCAUUGGGGAAUGCUGCCACAACUAGGAGGCCCUAAAGUUGGAUAUUUCAGUCACUUAGUCUGCUUGUUACGAUGGAAUGGUAGUUAGCAUCAUGCUGGCAAGCAAUUGCCUUCUAAUGUUUUCUUUUAUUCGUGAGUAAAAAUCUUUGUUGUAUCUAAGUUGAAAGGGCUCCUGAGUUAUCAAAUGUCAUUCCAUCAUCUCUUCCUGCAAUUGUAUAGUAUUUAAUUUGUUAAUGUGAUAAUUUAUAUUGACAGAUUGUUUUGAUUUUUCUCCCAUUCCUGGAUAUACCCAGGUAAUUAUUGGUAUAUGUAUGUAUUCUGGUGCACUGCUAGAUUUCAUUUGCUAUUACUUUAUUUAGAAUUUUUACAUCUCAUGAGUGAGAUUAUAUAAAAGUUUUAUUUUUGAGGUA